UGGUCCAAGGGGGUCCAGUUCCCACCCAUCCUCCAGCAGGCCUCAUGUGGGUGCUGGCACUACUUGGGGUUUUCCUGGCCGUUGCCAAGGCUUGUAUCUUUUGUCGCCUCCCAGCUCAUGCCUUGCCAAGCCGCCUGGCUCAGCUCAGUAGCCAGAUGGAGACGCCUUGGAAGGAAUGGGCUUCCCCGGAUUUCUCAGCCUUUGCGUUAGAUGAGGUGACCAUGAACAAAAUCACGGAGAAGACUCACAGAGUCCUGAGGGUCAUGGAGAUAAAAGGAUCCAUUUCCUCGCUUCCUUCGUAUUGGCAAUGGCUUCUGAAGACCAAGAUCCCCCAGUACACCAGGGAAGCUCUCUGUGCCCCUGUCUGCUGGGGCAGCACCAUCUUGUACAAUUGCUCCACCUGCGAGGGCAAGGAGGUGUCUUGUUGGCCCCGAAAGCGCUGCUUCCCAGGUACCGCCACCUGCAAGCGAAAGACUUGUGAAGAUGCUGGCAGCUUUCCCAGCCCCAGCUCUAAGGAGUUCUACAUCACUAGGGUGGGAACAAGCCACCUCUUAGACCCAGCCCCAAAGCCUCAGACCCUAACAUUCAGACCUUUGUAGUCAAUAUUAGUGUCAGAUGCCUCCAGGAACCCAGGCACCCACAGCUGCAAAGUUCCUCCUCCUCUUCACUUCACCAAUCAGAGAGCAGAGGAUGAUGCCAGGAAAUUAUCUACAGAAGGAAAGAAUCCCUCCCCACCACUCCCACAGCCCUCUGUCCAUUCCCGGAAAGCGGGGGACUGUUGGCCUGUAGAUGCUGCUCUAGGCUCUCCAAUGACUGAUCACAAAUCCGGGAAUGAGAGUUCUGGAAAACUCUCUCCCUCUGGGGUGAGACCACAUCAGUCAGCCCGCUGGCAUGCAGUCCCUCCAUUGUGUUAAUCCUGUGCAGGCCUGGCCUUCACUCCUGCUGGGCCCAACUAAAUUUGGUGUGCCAUGCCUUC